AUGCUUCGUGAAGAUAUCUUUCCUGACGAGAAAACAUUUUCUGUAGUUCUCCGUGUGUGUACUGCUAUUCCUUCAGUCAGUACUGGGGAAGGUUUUCAUUGCCAGAUAUUGAAAAUGGGUUUUGAAUUUGAUAUGUUUUUACAAACUGGGUUGCUUGAUUUUUAUGCGAAGGUUGGAGAUUUGAGCUCCACUAAGAAACUGUUUGCGGAAAUGCCUAAUAGAGAUGUUGUGGCUCAUAAUGUGAUGAUUGCAGCAUUGGGUAAGCAUGGUUAUGUAAAUGAUGCGAGAAAUCUGUUCGAUGAGAUGCCAAAUAGGAACUCAUCAUCAUGGAAUUCCAUGAUUUCUUGCUAUUGCAAGUUGGGUGAUAUCCUUUCUGCUCGUUUGAUCUUUGACCGCAAUCCAGUCAAAGAUGUGGUUUCAUGGAAUGCUAUGAUUGAUGGGUAUUGUAAAUUAGGCCACCUAACAAAAGCUUGGGAGUUAUUUGAUCGGAUGGGAUCUGCAAAGAACUCUAUCACUUGGAAUACUAUGAUCUCGGGGUUUGUUCAACAUGGUGAAUUUGGUAGAGCGAUUUCCACAUUUCAACAAAUGCAGGAGCAGAAUGUGAAACCUACUGAGGUAACCAUGGUCAGCUUGUUAUCUGCUUGUGCUCAUCUAGGUGCCUUAGAUAUUGGUAAAUGGAUUCAUGCCUAUAUUAGACGACAAAACUUAAGAACUGAUGUUAUUUUGGGCAAUGCUCUCAUAGACAUGUAUGGCAAAUGUGGGAGUAUAGAGGCUGCUCUUGAUGUCUUCCAUGGGCUACCCUUGAAGAAUAUCUUUUGCUGGAAUUCAAUCAUUGUAGGAUUGGGUAUGCAUGGUUAUGGUGAUCAAGCAAUAAAUGCUUUUGUUGAGAUGGAAAAGGGAGGGAUAAAACCGGACGGUGUUACCUUUGUUGGGCUUUUGUCUGGGUGUAGCCAUUCUGGCCUGGUUUCUGAAGGUAGGCGAUAUUUCUCUCAAAUGUCUGAUGUUUAUGGAGUCAAUCCUGGUAUUGAACACUACGGCUGCAUGGUUGACCUUCUUGGCCGGGCUGGUUUCCUUGAAGAGGCCUUAAAGCUUGUUAGGACCAUGCCGAUGAUGCCAAACUCAGUAGUAUGGGGCAGUUUGGUCCGUGCAUGCCGAAUUCAUAAAGAUACGAAAAUUAGUGAGCAAGUUACACAACAUCUAUUGGAGUUGGACCCUCAUGAUGGGGGUAAUUAUGUUUUUCUUUCCAACACGUAUGCAUCAGCGAAUCGUUGGGAAGAUGUGGAGUUAUGUAGAAGUUUAAUGUCUGAGAGAAGAAUUCAUAAAACUCCAGGUUGCAGCUCAAUUGAGGUGGACAAUGUUUUACAUGAAUUUGUGGCUGGUGACACUUCACAUCCACAAUUUACAAAGAUCAACGCAUUUCUAGAUGAGAUUGCCUGGGAAUUAAGAGGGCUUGGGCAUGAACCUGAUACAGCCUCUGUCCUUCAUGACAUUGAAGAAGAAGAAAAAGAAAACGCAGUUAGAUAUCAUAGUGAGAGGAUUGCUGUUGCUUUUGGGCUCAUGAGCACACCACCAGGAAAAUCCAUUCGAGUAGUGAAGAACCUCCGAACAUGCGAUGAUUGCCAUGCCACCUUGAAGCUUAUAUCUAAACUGUUCAUGAGAGAGAUAAUUGUGAGAGAUAAAAACCGGUUUCACUAUUUUAGGGAUGGAUCAUGUUCUUGUAAGGACUAUUGGUGA